GAUCUGGGGACCCCGCAAGUUAAACGGCUCGAUCCCCAGAUUUCGGACUUAACAGUGUGAAAGAGAGGGUCACAACAACUUGAUUAAUUAACACAAGUCUCGUCUGCGGCGUAACUAUGACCGAGCGCACCAGCUCAAUAACCCGGAUGUGGACGAUAUUGCGGGGCUUAUUACAGCAAGUGGAUAAUCCAACGGGUUAAAAUCAAGCGAAGGAAAGAGGCGAAUCGAUGAGAGAUGAGUUCCCUUCCAGAGUAUUUAAUCACUCGACGUAAGGAGCCUAAAGAGUAAUCUUAGAGCAUUCCUUCUGCACAUUAACGACUUGCAUUGCACCCACAAUUCUCUCUUGCAGUGCCGCCUUCGAACCAUGAGUGUCUCAAUUUCCCAGGUGACGUUCGAGCACCAUCGGCUUGCCCUUGGCAUUGCUGAAUCAGAACCCCGUAUCUCAUGGCGGUUCAGCGGUAAUGCUGUGGACUGGGAGCAAAGCGCCUACGACGUUCAGAUCGCGAGGAGCACAAGUAGCUCUCCUACCACCUACACUGUCAACUCUUCUGCAUCCCUCCUUGUCCCAUGGCCCGGAACAGCUCUACAUACGGCGGAGCAAGCAAAUGUGAGAGCCCGAGCACACGGCAAGCCUGGCCAAACUUCCACUCCUUGGUCCGACUGGGUCACAGUGGAAACGGGGCUCCUGGACGCCAGUGACUGGGCUGAUGCCGUUCCCGUUGCGGCAGACAGAGAGACCGAGGUGGAUGCUCCCAAACGCCCGAUAUACUUCCGAAAGCCCUUCCAGACGGGUGCCAAUGUCGCUCGAGCUCGACUUUACAUUACGGCCUUGGGACUUUAUGAGGCGGAAAUUAACGGCAGAAGGGUUGGAGACUACGUGUUAGCUCCUGGCUGGCAAUCUUACAACUAUCGCCACGUGUACGAUACAUUCGACCUUGUGACUAACGGAAACAACACUAUUGGUGUUGUCGUUGGUGAAGGAUGGUUCUCCGGGAGACUAAGCUAUGAUGGUGGUGUCAGAAACAACUAUGGCGAUACCAUCGGCCUUCUUGCUCUCCUCGUUGUCACGCUCGAUGAUGGAAGCACUGUCAAAAUACCUACCGACAGAACAUGGCAGGCGAGCACCGGCCCUUUGAUAUACAACGGCGAACAUUACGACUCGAGGCUCGAUGCGGAUCUAGAAGGAUGGUCAUCUGCAACAUACGAAGCCAAUGACUGGCUGUCAUUACCCGCAUUGAAAGGCGAGUUGGCACCACCCGAUGGACCACCAAUCAGACGAGUCGAAGAGAGAAGGCCUGACGCUAUUUUGAAAUCUCCUUCUGGUAAAACAAUUAUCGACUUUGGGCAGAACCUUGUCGUCUCUGGGCGGAGUGGGACGAACAUCACGCUUCACCACGCCGAAGUGUUGGAGGAUGGAGAGCUAGCGCUUCGACCGCUUAGGUUGGCCACCGCAGCUGAUUCUCUCAUCUUGAAUGGUAACGGUAACCAAACUUGGGAACCUCGAUUUACUUACCAUGGCUUCCGCUACGCUCAGAUUGACGGAUGGCCUGAAGAAACCCCGUUAACAGCAGAUUCUAUUGUCGCAGUUGUCAUUCACAGCGAUAUGGAACCGACUGGUUGGUUCGAAUGCUCGAAUCCGCUUCUCAAUAAGUUUCAUCACAACGUUCGGUGGUCAAUGAAGGGCAACUUCAUGUCAAUUCCGACCGACUGUCCGCAACGUGACGAGCGACAAGGAUGGACUGGAGACGCGCACGCCUUUGCUCCGACUGCGAACUAUCUGUACGACGCAGCCGGCUUCUGGAAAGGUUGGCACAAGGACAUAUGGUCUGAGAUGCAACGGAACGCUUAUGCAGCUGCAGUCUGGGGUGAUGUUGCGGUCGGGAAUCCAUACAACAUCUACCAAGCCUUUGGUGAUAUUGCCCUCCUCGAAGAGCAAUAUUCUCAAGCUCAGGCUUGGAUUGACACCGGAGUCAUGCGAAACGAGGUAGGCCUGUGGCACCGAAGCUCGUUCCAGUUUGCAGACUGGCUUGAUCCCAAGGCUCCCGCCGACGCCCCAGGCAACGCCACGACAGCAAAACAUUUGGUUGCUGACGCUUAUCUCAUCCACAUGACGGAUUUCCUUGCAGAAAUGUCUGCAAUCCUAGGCCGCGAUGAUGCCGCACAUAAAUACCGAGCUCAACGGAGCAACUUGACUGAAGCAUUCCAUGAUGCUUGGAUUCAAGGUGGCGCACUUGUCAACGAGACUCAGACCGCGUAUGCCAUGGCUCUCAAUUUUGGUAUUUACCCUGAUGAAACGCAACGUUCAUUAGCUGCCAAAAAGUUGCGCCAGAUAGUCGCAGACAAUGAUUAUCUGGUAGGCACUGGCUUCGCUGGCACCCCUCCAUUGGGAUUCGCACUCAGGGACAUUGGCGCUACCGAAGACUUUUAUCGGAUGCUUCUGCAAACAAGUGUUCCUUCAUGGCUGUAUCAGGUUGUUCAGAACGGGACUACUACUUGGGAACGAUGGGACAGUCUUCUGGCAAAUGGCAGUGUCAAUCCUGGCGAGAUGACCAGUUUUAAUCACUAUGCCUUUGGCUCUGUUGCCAACUGGAUGCAUCAAGUCAUUGGCGGCAUUGCACCCGCUGAGCCUGGCUGGAAGCGUAUUACUGUUGCUCCGGUUCCUGGUGGUAAUGUCACCAGCGCCAGGUCGCGAUACAUCAGUCCUUACGGGGAAGUGAAGGUAGAUUGGUGGUUUGAGAAUAAUGUACAAGGAAAAGCGGCGCAUCGCAAUGGGUUCUACUUGACGGUCGGGAUCCCACCAAACACCCAAGCGGACAUUAUAUUACCUAACGGAGGGGAAAGGCUGAAGAAAAGGGAGAAGUAUUAA